GUGAUGCACAAAGAGAAGGAAGACCUCCACGGGCAUCGAAGGGAGCACUCUCUGUAUGACCACGUCAUGCCGGAUGGAGAAAUGUUUUUACAGGCCCUAAACGGAUUCCUGAUGAUCCUAACCUGCGAAGGAGAGGUCUUUUUCGCAACGCAUUCCAUCGAGAGCUACCUCGGCUUCCAUCAGUCGGACAUAGUUCAUCAGUCAGUAUACGAGCUGGUCCAUUCAGAAGAUCGAGAGGAACUUCAAAGACAGAUCCUUUGGAAUUCCUUCCUGCCUCCAGAAGUCAGCAACCUCACGCUGCAGGAUGUCCUGAGACCGGAGAGAGCUCAUCUCUUGGAGAGAAGUUUCACUGUCCGAUUUAGGUGUUUGCUUGAUAAUACUUCAGGAUUCCUGAGGCUAGACAUCCGAGGUAGAAUAAAAAUAUUACACGGACAGAACAAGAAAACCGAAGAGCCGCCAUUAGCCCUCUUCGCUAUCUGUGCGCCGUUCGGGCCUCCGAGCCUCCUGGAAAUACCUCAGAAAGAAGUCAUGUUCAAGAGCAAGCACAAGCUUGAUCUUUCUCUAGUCUCGAUGGAUCAAAGAGGUAAAAUGCUACUAGGGUACAAAGAUGCGGAGCUGGCGAACAUGGGCGGCUACGAUUUGGUGCACUACGAUGAUCUAGCAUACGUAGCGAGCGCCCAUCAAGAACUCUUAAAAACUGGUGCUUCCGGAAUGAUCGCGUAUCGCUUCCAGACCAAGGAGGGACAAUGGCAGUGGCUUCAGACCUCCUCCAGGCUAGUCUACAAGAACUCCAAACCUGAUUUCGUUAUCAGCACGCAUCGGCCGCUGAUGGAAGAGGAAGGUCGAGAUUUGCUCGGCAAAAGGACAAUGGACUUCAAAGUCAGCUACCUGGACACAGGACUCACGAGUCUGUACUUUUCCGAGACGGAACAGCUGUCAGGCUGCGAAACUAAUGUCACCACCCCUCCCAGAACUACGAGGAGAUACAAGACCCAACUCAGAGACUUUCUCUCCACCUGCCGCAACAAGAGACGAGUCCCAAGCACACCAGCCCCCCCACCCGUGGACUACUUGGCGGCUGAUGCUGUCGCCGCGGCCUAUACUAACUUGAACGGCGCGUACACGGCUCCCUACGGAGAAUACCCGCCGGCCCCUAUCCACUACGCUCCACCGCCUUUAGACGACCGGUUCAUAACAACAGACAACAUCUUCCAUCAAUACAAGCCCUUGUCCUACCAUUACACUCCGUACGCGCCGAACGGCUUCCUCGAGCCGGCUCCUCCGCCAGGGUACGAGGUCGCUCCGGCGUACCAUCGGCCUCCUUCCAGAGAGUAUGCGUACGUGGACAGCAGCGGGAGGUACAUGAGUCCGGUCACUGGGCAGGAGAGGCGGUCGCCGAGUGUGGUGCCGGGGCCCAGCCCUGCGGGGUCGAGCGGGUCGGCGGAGCAAGAUCGGCUGCAGCCCGAGGCUCCGCGCCAGACGGUGCUGAUGUGGGGCGCCGGGUCGGCCGCGCCCGCCGCCACUGACGCGCCGCUGGAGUACUCGCCCCCUCAGGUUUGGCGCUACCACCCCUCGCAUUACCACACCGCUGAAGCGACCCAGUGAAUCUAAACGUUUUUUUGUGCAAUUUACUUUUAAGAAUUUUUUCGUACCAAAAUUUUAGUCAAUUUGUUUUGCGAGAUAUAAAUAAAUAAAUAAA